GAAAUUCAACUCUAUGGUACAUUAUCUACCAAAGUGCUACCAAACUACUAAUAAAAAUCAUAUUUUGAGAAAGCGUACCGCUUAUCGUUCGUGCGUGUACUUUUUCAAGUAUUGCGUUACUGUUAAUUUAUUGUUCUAUAUUACUACUUUAAUUUAUUAAAACAUGUGUAUGAACUCUUGAUUUUCAGAGAUAAUUUGUAAAAAACGUGAGCAAGAUGGUGUCUACGAGGCAGAUGAGUAGUGUGGUGGGAAGCAGUGGAAAUAACGAUGGUGCAGGUCCAUCCCACGCGGAGCCUGUGGCUGUGUCACGCGUAACUCGACAUUCAAGCGCUUUGCUCCCUGGCGGAUCGUCACCGCACGCUUCAUCUUCUAAAUGCACAACCAUCGUGCCAGUUCCAAAAGCGUAUACUACGAAUAUGCUUGAUCUUCCUAUUGAAGUUAUUGAAAAAAUUUUUGGCUACUUGGGUUUCAAAACUGUGUCACAUCUAAGAAUGGUGAAUCGCCAGUUAAAUACAAUAUGUAGUUCAAUUUUGAAUUCUACAUUUCAACGAUUACAAAAUCAAAUGUUGCAUAGAUUUCAAUCCAUCAAAGCAAAAAUGCCACGCAGAGAAAGUGCUCGCCGAAGUCACCCACUUGCUUGUGAAUCUGAUAUUAUUGAAACUCUACAUAUGAGAUUAACUUUGUUGCAAAUGACUUUUGGAAAGCAUAUUGAAAGGAAACAUUGCUGUUUUUUUCCAGGCGAGAUAUUGGAUGAAGUUUACAGUAUUCUAUCUUACCUAAAGACAACAACGAAAUUGGCUAGACCUUAUAAAGUUACUGAUGAACUAUUUGACUUGACAACAAUGGCUAUGGAAUAUUUCAAAGAACACAUUGAACCUAAUCUACCUGAGAUUACAUAUUUUGGUACAGAUUUCUUCGAUAUUACUACAGCGUUUUCUCCGGGUGAAAGCAGUAAGUCCUACAUUUGCUUGGAUUCACCGCCGCCGAGCGGAUUCGAGCAGCAGCAGCAGGGUGCUUGUGCUAUAGGGGAUCGACGUGUGUCCUCUCUGAACAUGUACAUGGAGGAAAGUCUACCGCCAUCUCCGCCUCCUCCGCAGAGCAACAUGGUACUCAGGAAAAGGAUACAUCGGAUUAAGCAAGGGAUGAAAAAAUACAAUGACCAACUUUCAGCAUUACGUAGUGAUCUAAGGAGUUGUAAACGUAAGACAGCUUUGCAACAGAAACAAAUAGCAGAGCAGCAGAAACAGAUAGCUGAACAACAGAAACAGACUCUUGAGUAUGCUAAUCGGUUAGAUGACUAUGAUAAAAAGAAUGAGGAGACAAGCCGAAAAUUUCAAACUCUAUUACAGGAGUUGAAUAAGUGUAAGACAGAGCUGCAGUACUGGCGGUCGCGAUCACCGGCGGUGCCGCCGCUGUGCGCCGAGUGUGGAGCAUCGCUGCGAGUAUCGCCUGCCGCCUCACUCGCACAGUGGGCAGCCGGCAGCAGCGUGGAGGCGACGGAGGCGGAGGCAGUGGCGGUAGCUAGCGGCAGCGGCGCGGUCGCCCCCGAUACUAAUAUCGAGUUGCAUUCGCCCGCUACCGCGCUAUCCCACAACAGCAAGCCGACCGCUACCACGGUGCCACAUAACAACAAACCGGCCGUUACUGCGCUGCCUCCCAACAACAAACCCGAGACGGGUGACGAAGCCCCCGCACCGCCUGCACGCCGCCGUGCUUCCGACGAUGCCCCCGCCUCCACCACCACCCCCGACCGCAAGAAACGUCGCUUCACUCGCCCCCGGAAACUUUGAGUGCGACCCCGUCAAGUCGCCCCCACAUCUGAUGUCGCUCAGCGAAAACGAUUUUUACCUACGCGCUGCCCCAUUCGGGUGAAGUAGGAAAUAUGCUUCUUUAUCCAAAUCUGCGUUUCUCCUCCUGUGAACCUGUGGAAAAUUGUAAUAAUAAGUAUGCAUUUGUGGAAAUUU